AGCGCACAACACGGUCAUGAAGUUCCACAUUUUGUGUCAUCACGUUUCUCUGUUGCAUAUAAGAAUUUUUUAUUUUUUCGGCCUCACAAUUUCCUCUUUUUCCCCUCAUACAUUUUGCGUCUCCGUCCUCUCGUAACCACUGCACUCGUAACGUCAUCAAUGGUGAGCUCCCUCUUUCGAUCUCUUCUUCUUCUUCGCCGAAACCCUAACACCCUUCGUCGCCUCCCCGCCCAAUUCCACCUCGCCGCGGCGGCGCUCGGCACCACCCCUCCUCCUCCUCCUCUUCCUCCCCUUCUGGGUAACCUCCCCAAAACCCUCAUUGCAAGAUCCUCACUCAACCCCUCCCAUGGCCUCUCUCAUCCCUCGCCGUCGCCGUGGUUCCACGCUCCCGCCGUGGGAUUCUGCGCCGGUGCGAGCGUGGGCGACGAGGUCGGGGAAUCGCCGUUGAUGGGUUCUUCUCCUGAGCCGGAGAAGCCGAGGAGCAAGAAGAAGCCGCAGAAGAGGAAAGCGAGGUUUGAUUUCACGAAGGUCGAUGUAGCGCUUCUCCCAACCGUGAUUCUAGUGGGUCGGCCCAAUGUCGGAAAGUCGGCGCUGUUCAAUCGGUUGAUUAGGCGGAGAGAGGCUCUCGUUUACAACACUCCUGGUGAUCACGUCACACGCGAUGUCCGAGAAGGGAUCGCCAAGUUGGGUGAUUUGAGAUUUAGGGUUCUGGAUUCCGCUGGCCUCGAGACUGCGGCUACUUCAGGGAGUAUACUUAGCAGGACUGCCGAGAUGACAGAAAAUGUGAUUGCAAGGUCCCAAUUCGCCAUCUUUCUGAUUGAUGUCAGGGAUGGGCUGCAGCCGCUCGAUCUUGAAGUUGGGAAGUGGCUGAGGAGGCAUGCCCAGGGAGUCCGUACCAUCGUUGCAAUGAAUAAAUCCGAGUCCCUUGAUGAGCGAGGCCUUAUUACUGCAGCGGCUGGGGAGGCCUAUGCAUUAGGAUUUGGUGACCCAAUUGCCAUUUCUGCAGAGACUGGCUUGGGAAUGGCAGAGCUUUAUGAGAUCCUCCGCCCAAUGUUGGACGAUUAUAUGCUUCAACUUCCAAAAAAUGAGCAUAACCAAGAGGAUACUACGUCUGAAGAGGAGAAUAACGAAGAGAGGAAGUUACCUUUGCAACUUGCAAUUGUUGGACGUCCUAAUGUUGGGAAGUCUACUCUGCUGAAUACCUUAUUACAAGAAGAAAGGGUUCUGGUUGGGCCAGAGGCUGGCUUAACAAGGGAUUCAAUUCGAGCUCAAUUUCAAUUCGAAAACCGGACUGUCUAUUUGGUGGACACUGCAGGUUGGUUACAAAGAUCAGGGCAAGAAAAGGGGCCAGCAUCAUUAAGUGUCGUACAGUCAAGAAAGAACCUUAUGAGAGCUCAUGUUGUAGCUUUAGUGCUUGAUGGAGAAGAGAUUGCAAAAGCUAAGAGCAGUAUGAAACAUGCAGAAGUAGUUAUAGCACGGCAAGCGAUUGAAGAAGGUCGUGGACUGGUCGUGAUUGUAAACAAGAUGGAUCUUCUUAGAGGAAACUCUUUAUUAAUUGGAAAAGUCAUGGAAGCUGUUCCUAAGGAAAUUCAGACUGUCAUACCUCAGGUCACUGGGAUACCAGUUGUAUUUGUUUCUGCAUUGGAAGGAAGGGGACGAGUUGCCGUCAUGCAUCAGCUCAUAGAUACUUAUGAAAAAUGGUGCUUAAGAUUGCCAACUGCGCGUCUUAAUCGCUGGUUGCGUAAGGUUAUGAGCAGGCAUUCGUGGAAAGAUCUAGCGACCCAACCGAAGGUGAAGUACUUCACUCAGGUCAAAGCACGGCCGCCUACAUUCGUUGCCUUUCUGAGUGGGAAGGCACAGCUUUCAGAUACCGAUAUGAGGUUCUUAACGAAGUCUCUCAAGGAAGAUUUUAAUCUUGGUGGGAUCCCAAUCCGCAUCAUGCAGCGGUCCAUUCCGAGAAGAGCAGAUCCCAAUAAAAAUAGUAACAAUUUGAGAACUAGGAUGAAUUUGAGAGCCAGAUCGGACAAAAGAUUGGCACCAUCAGAACUUGCUCCUUCGUGAGGAUCUGAUACUUAUCAAUGAUUCAGAAAAGGAAAAGAAGGGUGUUUUAUUCAGGUAGUAACCAACAAAUCUUCUUCAAGUGAAGAAUUUCCACCUUGAAUUGAAAGAAUGAAGAAGAACUCGUCCGGUCUGUUCCAUAUCUAUUAACUGAGUGAAGUGGAAAAUGAUAGCAAUUGGAAUCUAGCCUCGUUUUCGACAAGAGGACUAACCUUUUCGAGUUUUAAGAACACGGGCGCUUUUUAUUAAUUCUAUUAGUUCCUAGCUGUAAUCGCGAUUACUGCAAUGGUAAGUAGCAGCGAAGAGAAGAAAAUAGUUGCUCAUGUAAAAACAUGCGAGUAUUUCAUUACACAAAAUGAUGGUAUUCAGUGGUGUAUUACUAAUAUGCUUACUUUUCUGUUCUUGGCAACUGGAUAUAAUUGGGCUUUUUGUUGGUUUCCUUUUCUGGCAGUGGGGGCAAUUUUGUUCUUC